AUGAUGAUAUCUUAUAUGAUUGAUAUACAAGGUUAUUUAAUAAUAAAUUGUGAAAUAAAUUCACAAGAUAUUGAUGAUUUUGAAUAUACACCAAAUGAAGAAUAUCCUGAUCAUUUUCAUGUUUUUAAUCAACCAAAUGAAUUUGAAUUAAUCAAACAUUGUAUUAAAUGGAUUAAAUAUGAUAGUUAUUUACCUGUUCAUAGUCAUGGUCUUAAAGCUGUAACAAAAGUUAAAUUACAUUAUAAUUCAAUUGAAAUUAAUCCAGAAGAUAUGCGUCGUUUAGCUGUUGAACAAUCACAAACAUUAUCAAAUGAUUCAGUAUCAUAUGUUGUUGCAAAAUAUUAUUUAUAUAUGAAAUAUGUUCAUACAUUUAUUUUUGCACUUAGAACAAUUAUUCCAAUGAGACCAUUUUAG